CCAUUCGGUCCUUCCCGAUGCUGCAGAGGAUGUUGGCGUCAAUUCGUCUUCCAAGCGUGUCGCCGCAAUACUCGAGUUCCUCGCCAUAACCUGCAGUCUAUCGUCAGUGAUCUUAUACCAAAGUAACCUUAGCGCCAUCGCGCAUACCAAGAUGAAAUCAUUCGCUAUCUCAUGCCUGCUGUUCUAUUCGUUGCCUCUGUCGCUAGGUGCACCGAUCUCUCAUGGUGAGUUCGUGCACACGCGGCAUACUACAAAGGACGAUUCGAUCUCUCCAUCUUUGAAUCAACAACAUGCUGCCUUGACUGGACUAUGGAACGCACGAACCCUCGACAAACUUGGGAAGAGAGAUGGACGUGGUGGCUACGCGACCGUGCAGAGCUUUGUAUCAUCCUGGCAGAAGCUCGUGGCAGGCUAUCCUGCAGACUAUGAGCAUGGGAUAGGGCACAUGGAGGCAGUCCACGUCUUGAUGGACUAUUUCCUGUAUGGAAAGAGAAUUUCGCAGAACGAGCACCAGCGUCAACCCAGCUUGACGGUAGAGACCCCGCUGCCGACUACAGAACUCAUGCGUCUGAGUGCGGAGCAUGAGCGCGCGAAACCGCCUCCCCUUCCGUCUGCACCCACCAUUGUUCCCUUGUGGAUGGAGGCAUUGCAACAAGCAGAGAAGGGCGGAGAUGAGGGAACGGCAGGCAUCUCACAACCGACUGCUACUGUCGACGGACUCUCGCGUCCAUCCCACGGUUACUUCGUGAAGAAAAAGGGCCUUGCAAACGUGUCCAAGGCCACCAUGCCAACAAUCACCAGGGACCAAUUGAAUGAUGCAGUCUCAACAUUCACUUCCAAUGUCUCUCUCGAUUACUCAAUAUUGUUGCGGCGCUUUGGACCUGAGAUCACGGUCUUGAGUGUCUUCAUCCUGGUCCCAAUAGCGGUCCUCAUCGUCGAGGCCAUCGAGGUGGUCUGGAGACGCUGGAGUCCGGAACGUUUCCCACGACGCGGCCGUGGCCGUAUACGGCUGGUAGGAGAGGAGAGAAGGUUGCAAGCGUGGUCUGACUGGGAGAGGGAGAAGGCUCUCUCGGAGAAAUCGCAAUGCUGGUGGAAGCGUUCACGGCGCAACAUUGGUCGAAAGCACGCAUUCAAUUCCUCGAAAUAGACCUCUUAUUGAUACUACCACCGCGUCGUUAUUCAAAAUAUACUUUAUUGCACCAACUUUCACUCGACUUACGCGAGAGCUAGGCGGUGCUCUUUGCGAUACCUUGGCCUUGCUUUGAGAAGCCAUAUUGCCAAGGCCUCGAGACAUGGAUCGUGCUGCGGUGUCGACUAUUGAAUUUCAUCGUUCGCAGUCGGUAUCUAGGAGCUUUCUGAAUGUUCCAAGUGGCUGCGAUCCAGGUGA